GUGCAUGUGUAUUAGUGCAGUAAUGUGCGUUCCACCUUUCAGUGAUUCCGUCAACACUCAGUAAUUUUCAAUAAAAAAGGUUAAUCAUUGGAAUAAUCAUCGGCAAUUGAAGUGCCAGUUCGUGUUCAUAUCGAGAUCCAUCAGUUCACACGCCCAUUAGUAUUUUUAUACGUUAAUUAAUAACAAUGGGACGUAAGAAGAAGAAGCAGUCGAGGCCCUGGUGCUGGUACUGCAACAGAGAAUUCGAUGACGAAAAAAUUCUUAUUCAGCAUCAGAAGGCGAAACACUUCAAAUGUCACAUUUGCCAUAAGAAGUUGUAUACAGGGCCUGGACUUAGUAUACAUUGUAUGCAGGUUCAUAAGGAGGCGAUAGACAAAGUACCAAACUCGUUGCCAAAUCGUAGCAAUAUAGAAAUCGAAAUAUACGGAAUGGAGGGAAUUCCCCCUAACGACGCCAAGGAGCAUGAAAAGCAGAGGAACGGAGGUAGACCAGGCUCACCAUCCUCAGGUGAGGACGAGCCAGCUCAGAAGAAGUUGAAGCCCGAAGGUCUUUUGGGCUCAGCUCCUGGUGCUGUACCCACACCAUCAGGAAUAAUACCAGGAGUAAUACCUGGAAUGCAGGGACAUCCUGGUAUGCCUAUGGGACAUCAGUUUCCACCUGGAAUGCACAUGAUGCCUCAUUUAGGACACGUUGGGCCUCCGUUCAUGGGACCAGGGAUGAUGCAGGGAAUGCCAGGAAUGCCCCCAGUUUCAGGUGCCUCAAUGCCCCCAAGACCACUAUUUCCAGCUGUCUCGACAGCAAUGUCAUCAGCUGGUAAUGUAACGUCAAUGGGUACAACUGUAACAUCGAUAGCUGGAAGUUCAAUAGGUCCCAUUAAGCCAACAUUUCCGGCUUAUGGUGGUGACAGUAAUGCCACUGCCAACAGUAAUUCUACUAGUGAUCAUAAAGUUAAUCUCAUAGCAACGACUGGUGCUACUAGUAAAAUUAUUCAUCCACAGGAGGAUCUCAGUCUCGAGGAAAUAAGAGCGAGAUUACCCAAAUACCAGAGGAAACAGCCAGACGAUUCUGGCAGACGGUCCCACGAUGGUCAGAAUCAUCAGUCUGUCCAUCAACAGGCCCAACAAAAUCAUCAACAACAACAGGCUCAGCAGCAACAGCAAGCAGCUGCAGUGGCUAGUGCUCAAGCUGCCUUCCAGGAUCAACAGCAGCGUCAACAUGCUGCCCUCAGUGCUCUCCAACAGCAACAACAACAACAACAACCUCAGAGAUUCCAGAGGCCACCUCAGAUGAUGGUACCUGCAUCAGCAGCUAUUCCGGUUUCAUCAGUUGCUCUCAUGGCACCUCUCAUGAGACCCACCAUGACAUUAGCUGCUCCUGCACUCAUUCACGGAGGUAACAUGAUGAGACCGCCCCCCAUGGGCCUGCCACCAGGAAUGAUAGGUGCAUUGCCACCGGGUGCAAUGCAUCCAGCAUUUGCUGCCCCAAUGGGUUUUCCAGGUGCACCAAUGCUAGCACCCAUGAUGCAUCCACGCUUCAGAUGAUCGCCUCCGAUGGACGGGUCCAAUCCACCGCUGCACUUCGUGCUCUGGGCCCGGCCUUAGCCCCACCCACCACCCCCCACCCUCCAUUAAACAAAAAAAAAAACACAAGAUAAUUAAAAACAAAAUGUCUCAAGAGGAUUUAAACGAUUCACUCAAAAGUUAGCAAAAAAAAUAUUCGUUUUUUUAUUAAUAAUUUUAAUUGAUUGAUUAAUUAAUCAAUUAACAUUUAAUUAGAAUGGAGGCACAAGGGUGGCUUGCGGCCCCUAUCGACAGACAAUCCAUUUUGCCCCAUUAGUUGUUAAACACCGAAAGAAAAAUUAAAUUGCGAUUUCUUUUCUCUUUUUGAUGGAAUUUCUAAAAUGAUGGGACGAAAUGGGAAGUUUUUGUUCGGAUGAGUGGGAUCGUCAGUCGUCCCACAACGACAAUGAAACGACUAGACGUGACUUGAUGAUGUGGAAAGUAGAAAAAUUGAUGUUAACGAUUAAUUGAUUAAUCAGUUUAGCGUAAGUGAUAGAUUAAGCCUGGAAAUCAUUUCCCCCUCCGUGGUUAAUGACACGAAUGAAAUUCUUUCUAGGCUGUCGAUAAUCCACUGGGAUGUUAUCGUGGUGAGACACACAAUGCGCGCAGACAGGUGGCAACUUUACGCUGCUACUGAUCAAUAAUAAAUUAUUAAUAUAUUUUUAAUGAAACAGGAUAAUUAACGAUGAUGUACGAUUGAGGCGCUCGUUUAUUACUUUUUUUUUCAGCGAUAAUUUUAUUAUUUCACACGUUUGAUCGUGAAAAUGUGAGAGGUAUGUCAUGAGUUAAUUGAUUGCUCUGGGCCUUUCGUGCUGAUUUAUAAAAAAUUGUCGUUGAUGAAAUGUUAAAUGAGCGGUUUGAGGUGCAUCGUGGGUAAUUGUCGAGGGGUUAUUGCCGAUAUCAUAUCAUUUUUCGAGUAUUUUACGAAUGUUUGAGGAAUGAUUGAUAAAAUUUAGUGUGGAAGGGCUGAAAAGAGAUGAGUCGAUUUCUUCUCACCCAGUUUGUGGGCGAAAUCUCCGAAUCGAAGAGAGAUAGCGGAAUUUUUGUUAUGACAAUUUUUGUAGAACUUGAUUCGCCCCGCAAAAAAGAUUCCGAUAAAAAUUUCGCUAUCUCUCCUAGAUUUCGAGAUACUCAUUAAAAACUGAUCAAUAGACAUGAAAAAAAUACAGCUUCUAAGGCCUAUUAUUAUUUAAUGGAUACUUAGCAUACCUUGUCACAAAACAAUUGCAAUAAUUCACAAAACUUUAUCAAAAAUUUAUAAAAUCAGAUCAACCACUGUGAACAUUUUUCACAGAAAUGAUCUAUUCCUAGAUCCAAUCUAGAUCUCAUAAAUUUACAAAAAAUUUGGAAAAUAAGACGAUAUUGGCAGUAACUCCUUCAGAAGUCUUUUGGAGAGGGGGUUUAGGAAAUUAGCAGCAGCGUGGAGAUUGGCUGCCUCAGGUUAGUCAGUCGUAAUUUUUAUUUUGUACAAGUACUGCUGAAUUGAUUCGCACAGAUGAUGACCGUUAAAGGGAUCCAUUGUGACCUCACUUCAUGGAUCGGAAAGAAUCUAAGAGUUGAAAACUAAAUGGUCCAUAUUGCCCUGCAAUUUGUUGAAGCAAAUCUACCCUUUUUGUAAAUUCCUAGAUUUUGAAAAACUAUCAAAGAAAAUCAGACAAUUCGAUCGUAUUUGAAGUCGUAAUUUUUCUUCGAUUUCAUUAUCAUUCGUUUUUGGAAAAAAUGUGAAAAACUAGGACUUCAUACAGUGUCUUAUGGGAGAAUCAACAUUUUCGUUGUAGUAAAAAAUAAACAUCUACAUUUUUGAACAUUAGACGCGAAAAAAAUCAAGGAAAUUCAAGGAAAAUUAUUUGUUUAUCGAAAGGAAAUACUGACUGCACAUGAUUUCUUUUUCAAUUUUUUAUCGUGCAAUUAGUUGCAAAAUUUGGCCAAUGAAAAUAGUCAAAAGCAACGCGAUCGAUCGGUAAAUUAUGGAUCUGAGGGCGGGCUUUUUAAAUUCUUUGAUGAGAAAUUGAUGGCAUCAGCUCUGCGAAUUAAUUGGGAUGAUUUCCUUGCAAGGAACGUUAUGGCUACGCAUGAGUGAGUGGUAAGUACUGAGGGUACUCACAAAUUUUAAAGAGCGAUGUGAAAAAUAUGAGGUGAUUUAGUGAUUAAUGAUGAAUUUAUUCGUGUACUAGUGAUCAUCCGUUCGAUCUGUAUUCAAUUAUUUUCCACAUUAUUUUGUCAUCUCUUGAUUCGUUGAGCAUUUCUAUAUCAAUUCAGCGAUCGUGGGGGAAUUUUAGUGAUCGAAUGACAAAAACACCAGAUUUAUUUUUAAAAUUCAAGAAUUUUCUUUGUUUAUUUCUAAGAUAAUUGAUUGAAUUACUGGGAAAACGUCGGUGGGUUAGAUAUGACGUGAUUGAUUAACGAGAUAAUCUCGCAAUGAAAAAUGUCCUCUUUGACUCAUCGACGUUUAGUCAUAAACAAUGAUACAAUUAUCUUUGGAAUCUAUUGAUCCUCACUACGAUCAGAUUUAUCAAUCAAUUAAAGAAAAUUAUAAAUUUAUAAACAAUAGUAAUGAGCACUAAAUCCUCGGCUUUGCUUAUUUCUUCGUCUCUACUCUUCAUUUUCAUUAAUUUUCAUUUUCAAGUGAAUAAUCAGUGAAGUUAAUGCGAUGAGUAUGGAGGAAAUGUUGAUGAAAUUUAAAGAGAUUAAGUGCGAAAAAAGAUUGAUAAACAUCAAUAAUCGUGCUGUGAACACGUGUACGUAUCAAAAUCUACGCAUUGUUAAUUAUUUAAUUUUCCCGAGAUUGUCUUUCUGAAUGUAUUUUUAAGAUUUUUCACUCAGCAUUUGCGUAAAUAAUCGUCAAUUAUUUAUCAACAAUCGAUGAAUGUAUCAUUGUCGAAUUAAAUUAUUUCAAAUGUUCUCCGUUUAUUUACCUAAUAAUCACUGUAAAAAUAAUUAUUCGGCGGGACAAUCUCAUGCAGAAUCUGAACAUGUAGAAAGUUCUGUUACUAUUUCAUUGAGUGUCAUAAUUAUCAAAAUAUAUAUUUUUUUUUUCAUUUUUUUUUCUUGAUCCUGCAAUAAAGGAGUUCUGUGGAAAUAUUCUGCAAAACAGUAUGAAAUAAAUAUCAGGCGAUAGUCCAAAAUUUUGGGAUAAAUUCAGAGCAAUUAAAUGGACUUGAAAGUUUUUUUUUUUAUUCAGAGAAGUCUUUUCCUCGUGAAAAAUUCCCAAAAUUUCUGGACAGCCAAUUAUUGUUUCAACCAAUCACAGCUGAGAAGUGCUGUUGGACCACCUCGGUCCCUUGCCCCACAGGCAGGCGAUUGUUUGGACCUACCGUCAUCACAAUGUCGAGUGAAGCUGGUGAAAACCCCAGAGAAAAUAUUUCAAAUUAACUAUUAAUUAAAUGAAAAAAAAUGUUAUGCUGCAAUAAAACAUUUCGGCAAUUCCCCGGGGCUCGAGCUCACCCUCGACAUGAGUGGACGUGUGGCUGGACCGAGAAACAAUAAAAAUAAUACAAUGAUAUCGGUUAAUAAUUCGAAAUUCGUAAUUAACCGAUUGAGAUCUCACGAUUUGUUUUUCCCUUUCUUCAUAUUUUUUUUUUCUCAUUUACAAGAAAGAUGAGACAAUCAUCUUCACACUGUCCUUGACGCCGGGCAUGAGUGGGUGAUGGUACUCAGCUUAUUAAAUUCGUUUGGUGAAUGCUUAGCUGGCUCUGUGUGUAAUACAAUAUGAUUAUCUCACAUUUUAUGCAAAUAUUUCAAUUGAAUUUCAAUAAAAUAGGAAUUUUAAACUGGAAA